AUGCUUUCCCGUUCCGCCCUCCGUACGCUGACCCCCUCGUCGCGUCUCUUCUCCUCAUCCGCUCCCCGACAAACUAAGGUUGCGGUUCUCGGUGCGGGUGGAGGAAUUGGUCAACCUCUCUCCCUACUGCUGAAAAGUGACCCUCUCGUCACCUCUUUGAGCCUAUACGAUAUUCGCGGUGCGCCUGGUGUCGCCGCCGACGUCAGCCAUGUGGAUACCGGCAGCGAGGUUAACGGCUAUGCUGCCGACCACCUCGACGAAGCUCUCCAAGGUGCCAAGGUCAUUGUUAUCCCUGCUGGUGUACCAAGGAAGCCAGGAAUGACCCGAGACGACCUCUUCAAUACGAAUGCCUCAAUUGUCCGUGACCUGGCCGCUGCUGUUGCCCGUGUAGCACCCGACGCCAACAUCCUCGUAAUCUCCAACCCCGUCAACUCGACUGUUCCUAUCGUCGCGGCUACCCUCGAAAAGGCUGGUGUCUUCGAUCCCAAGCGCGUCUUUGGUGUUACCACCCUGGAUGUUGUCCGCGCUGCUCGUUUCCUGGCUGGCAUCAGCAACGCCAGCCCCAACGACACACCCGUGACCGUCAUUGGUGGCCACAGCGGUGCCACGAUCGUCCCCCUUCUUUCGCAGUCCAGCUAUGGCAAGGGUGUCACCGGUGACGCGUACGCUGCGCUUGUCAACCGCAUCCAAUUUGGCGGCGACGAGGUCGUGAAAGCCAAAGACGGUGCCGGUAGCGCAACCCUCUCGAUGGCCUACGCUGGCGCCAAGUUUGCUAAUGCUGUCCUCCGUGGCCUGAACGGCGAGAAAGGCGUCGUCACCCCGACAUUCGUCAAAAGCCCGCUAUUCGCCGACAAGGGCAUCGACUUCUUCUCGUCCAACGUUGAGCUCGGUGUAAAUGGUGUCGAGAAAAUUCACCCCAUCGGACAAAUUUCGGCGGAGGAGGAGAAGUUAUUGGAGGCGUGCCUUCCGGAGCUGAAGAAGAACAUCGAGAAGGGCAAGGCUUUCGUUGCAUAA